UCUCCCGCCAUUCCUUAAAACACCGUAAAAAAAAAAUAGUACCAAAACCAAAGCUCGAAAAUGGCAACUAUUUUGUCAAUAAACCCACUUGCUAUUCGAUUAUUCCCUUCAAAUUCACAGCGUUAUUCGUGUUACUUGCAUAGAACAAUGAGAAUUGGGCAAGCGGGGAUUCACAUUCAGACAAAUUAUCCAAUUUCUUUCAUGGGUUUUCUGCAAUUCAGCAAGAGCAGGAGAAAUUUCAUAUGUGCAGUCAGUAAAGAUGCUGAGGAAUCUUUCAAAAAAACUGUGGAGGUGGAUAGGCUUAUAGAUACACUGAGGGAAGCAAGUGAUAAGGAACUGCCACAGCUAGUUGUAGAGAACGUUCUCGCUUUCAACGAGAGCUUUUGGAUAAGACUUGCAGCUAGAGCAGACACCUGCAAAUCCGACGAUGACAAAAAAGACUAUGAAGAGCUGGCAUUGACAGUAAUGAACAUUGUAGAUCGUCUUGUUCACAAGACAAAUGAAAAGAUAGAGGCAUCGACUGACAUGCUCAAAGCAAUCCUAAAACCUGUGGUUGAUGAAGUGGAAGAAAUUUCUUGGCCUCUUAGGGAUCCUGGGGCUCUCAGUCUUAUGGAGAAAGAAAUAAAUCAAAGGGAGCAAGAAGGCCAACUUGAUGAAGGGUUCCUCGCAGAAGUCAAUGCACAGCUACGGCAAGCUAAAAAAGAUGGGGACAAGCCAGGACUUGAAGCUAUGUUACAAAAGGUUUUGCAAUUGUAUGCUUCCAGAGUGCUGUCAAAGCGGAGUUAUGCAAAAAAAGGAAAUGAAGUGUUGAAAGCUGAAGAGUUUCUUGAGACCAUUAUCAAAGCACCAGAGGAAGAAUGGAACAAGCUCUUGCUAGAUGGCAUGACUCUUGGAAAAGGUGAUGUUUCGCCUGAGGAAUUGUAUGCUGUUAUUAAAAAGAGAAUGGAACGGACUUUGAUACGUACGGAGGGCGGCUCGUACCAGCAGCGAGUUCUGAUUGAGUAUCUGAAAGGUAUUGAGUCAAGAACAGGGGAGAUUGUCAGAGUACUCCAAGGUUGAGACAUGGUAGUAAACUAGUAAUUGCACCUGGAGGUACCAAAGUCCACAUUCUUUAUAACAAAAACAUGAUGAUAUGCAGACCUAUAUUAUCAUUUAUUUACCAUAAGUCCACAUUCUUUAUAUGAAAAGCAUGAUGCUAUGCAGAUAUCCACGAUAGGCGCCCUUGAGCUAUGAGGUCCCUAUCAUGUUUAAUGUCUUCCAUUUUUGUCCCAUCGUUUGUAUCAUCCCUUCUCUCCUCUCAUGUCUUCCUUUUAUCCAGUUUCUCUUCUCCUGACUCCUAACUGGUUCCUUGUACAUUCUACAUGUAAAUCCGAAAUCUUGAUUUUUUCAGAGUGCAAUACUGCAAUGUGGCCCUGCAGUUUUGGAAUUCUUGAAAUGGAUUUGCAUUGCCUGCAUUAAUCGAUUGUAAACUGGUUAAAUUGUACUCCGUGUCCUCUAUUAAUGAAAUUUAUCAAUUAGUUUUCCUUUCAUAGUUAA